UUGGCCUCGCAGAUUUUUUCUGAGCAAUGAAGCCCUCCGGCAUUAGAACGUCACUUCUAUUUCUUUCUCUACUCGCCUUUCUUCUGUUGGCUAUGCAGCCUCGUCUCUCUCGUGCCGACGUCGGCACUGCUGCUCACUAUAGUCCUCCAUACACGCCGACCGCGUGUUUCGGCAAUGACCCAUCGCAGUUCCCAUCGAGCAACCUCUUUGCGGCGGCAGGAGAAGGGAUAUGGGACAAUGGAGCGUCGUGCGGGAGGCAGUACCUAGUGCGGUGCAUCAGCGCCUCUGUCUCUGGAACUUGCAUUCCCAGCCAGACUAUCCAAGUCCGAAUUGUCGACCGUGCACAAUCCUCAUCCUCACCUCCCUCAAGUAAAGGCGCGACCAUCGUCCUCUCAACGACUGCGUUCGGCACGAUUGCAAAGUCGUCUGCCGCAGCCGUCAAUGUCGAGUACCAGCAGGUAUGAAGGUAGAAAAUAUUCAGCGAUUUGUUAGUACCACGUCAGCAGCAGAUGCCCACUCAGGCAUUCUCAACUCAACUCACAACUACUAAAGUUGACAAGUGCGUGCUGAUGUGGAAUGGAAUAAAAA